AGAAAAUACUCAGCGGGUGUUGCUGAUCUGUGAUGACGUAGCGGUCCAAACAGGAAGUAAAACCAGCACGCUUCAUGUUUCCCUCACACGUUUCUGCUGCUUUCGUCAGUGUUACUCUUCAUACAUGCUGGUUUGUGUCUGAGCGGCUCCUUGAUGGCGGUUCGGCUGAGCUUCCGGAACAUCACGGCUCUGGCUCCGAUGGUCCGGGUCGGCACGCUGCCCAUGAGGCUGCUGGCUCUGGAUUACGGAGCUGAUUUGGUUUACUGUGAGGAGUUGAUCGACAUCAAAAUGGCCCAGUGUCAGAGGGUGGUGAACGAGGUGCUGGACACGGUGGAUUUUGUGGCUCCAGAUGAGCGAGUGAUGUUCAGGACGUGUGAGAGGGAGAAAGAGAGAGUCGUCUUCCAGAUGGGAACUGCUGACCCGGACAGAGCGCUGAUUGUUGCUAAACUUGUGGAGAAGGAUGUGGCCGCCAUUGAUGUGAAUAUGGGAUGUCCCAAAGAAUACUCCACUAAGGGCGGGAUGGGAGCGGCUCUUCUCUCUGACCCGGAUAAGAUCGUGGCGAUCCUCAGGAUGCUCGUCACCGGAGUCUCGAUACCCGUCACCUGUAAAAUCAGAAUCCUGCCGACGGUGGAGGAGACGGUCAGUCUGGUGCGGAGGAUCGAGGAGACGGGCGUGGCUGCUGUCGCUGUUCACGGCAGGCUGAGGGAUGAGCGCCCCCGCCAUCCCCUCCACUGCGACUUCAUCCGGGCCGUCGCUGAGGCCGUCUCCGUCCCCAUCAUUGCAAACGGCGGCUCUCUGGACCUGGUGAAGACCCACGCUGACAUUGAGGAGUUCAGGAGGAGGACGGGCACCUCCUCUGUGAUGUUGGCUCGCGCUGCCAUGUGGAAUGCCUCGGUGUUCAGCAGCUCCGGACCCUUCCCCCUGGAGAGGGUCAUGGAGGACUACCUCAAAUACGCGAUCCGGUACGAGAACCACGCCUUCAACACCAAGUACUGCCUGUGCCAGAUGCUCCGAGACAAGGUGGAGUCUCCUCAGGGGAAGCUGCUGCAGGCGGCGCAGACACACGCCGACAUCAGCGCGGCAUUCGGGCUGCAGCAGUUCUUCCUGCAGACGGAGGAUCAGCUGCAGCAGAAGAGGAGCCGGCUGCAGAGCGGCUGCCCCCCUGACGCUCUGCUGAUGGACGGAGACGUCUGCACCAUGGCCGUCAAGUUCCUGAGGCGGGAGUAUCCUCCUCACAUCAGCCCCAAGAUGUUCCUGCUGGAGUGGAGCCGUAAGGAGAAGCUGCAGCAGCCGCUCUAUGAGAUGGUGCAGCGCUCUCAGGACCGAGCCUUUCAGUCCACGGUGACGUUUGCAGGACAGAAAUACAGAUCUUCUCUGUGGGAGAAGUCGAAGAAGUUUGCGGAGCAGGCGGCGUCCGUGGUGUGCCUGCGGGUCCUGGGGAUCCCGGAGGGCCGCAUCGGAGAGGGGGAGUCCGACCUGGUGUGCAAGAGGAAGAGGGACGGCACGACCAACGGCACCACAGAGGAAGAGCGCAGCAGCAAGCGGCACUCGGGCGAGAGCCAACUGGAAACGGAAACACUAAACGUCAACGGCGACCAUGACAACGCAGACACGCCUCCGGAGCGGCGCUAGGGGGAACUGGAUUUAGUUUCAGGAGGACGACACGCUGAAGAGGAACACAUCACAGCAGCUUUCAGUUUGUUUUUCCUGUUUAUCAAAGCUUCUAUAUCAGUGUUGGACACUUGUGGGAACUGCAAGAACAAACCAGAGAUUUAAAAGCAGAAUCCAAUCGUUUUGGGGUUGUUUUUUUUCUGCUUGGAAAAGUACAUUUUUGAACUCCAAAUAUUGUCAUUUCUUUUUUAAUGCAGUACUUUUACUUUCACUGAGUACUUUAAGCUGUGGUAUUACUACUUCUACUGCAGUAAAGUGUCUGAAUACUUCC